CAGACCUAGAGACAUUUGCGUACAAGUUCAUGGACUUUCAUGUCAGCCGUUAGCGGUCAAAUGUCAAGUGCAGUCAUGUCGUCCAAAGUGGCCGUGGUGACCGGAGCCAACAAGGGAAUAGGGUUCAGCAUCGUUAAGGGCCUGUGUCAGAGGUUCGAGGGCGUCGUAUACUUGACGUCUAGAGACGAGGCCCGAGGGCGUGCCGCAGUCGCCGAGCUCAACAAACUCGGCCUCAAGCCCGAGUACCACCAGUUAGACGUCGUGGACCGACUCAGCGUGGCGCGGUUCGCCGACCACCUGCGCCGGCGCCACGGCGGCAUCGAUCUUCUCGUCAACAAUGCCGCCAUCGCCAACAGCGUCCACCUCUACAACUCCUACGAGGAGAACCAGGAAAUCGUCCAAAUCAAUUACAAGAGUAUUCUCUUGAUGCACGAACUCAUCUUCCCGCUGGUCCGAGACGGAGGGAGGAUCCUCAACAUCUCGAGCGACUGCGGACAUCUCUCCAACGUAAGAAAUAAGUACUGGAUCGAUAGAUUGUCCAGUGAAGAUUUAACUAUGAAGGAUAUCAACGAAUUCGUAGAAUGGUUCCUCGACAGCUGCAAAAACGAAACAUUCAAAAGGGAAGAUAUUGCAGACGAGGGCACAGUCGCGGCUUACAGGGUGGCCAAAGUGGCUCUAAGUGCGGCGACUGUGUUGCAGCAGAAGGAGCUCGAGGGGAGAAAUAUAUCUGUGAACUCGCUUCACCCCGGUCUGGUGCGCACCGACAUGACGCUGGGGGUGGGCUUCUACAGUGCAGACGAGGCGGCACAGACGCCGCUUUACUUGCUGCUGGAAGCGCCCACGACUCUCAAGGGCGCUUACAUCUGGUAUGACAGAAGAGUUUUGGAUUGGUACGACUACAAGGCUGAUUAUUAUUUUAAAACAUCCACUCUGAAAGCAUAACUUCGUUCAUAGUAUCAGCAAUUAAUAGUUAUGUGUGUUAAUUCAUUUUG